AUGGCAUUUGCCGUCAAUCUCCCAUCAACUAAAGAGGAGAAGCUGGAAAAACAGAAGAAACAGAGGAAUCAGAAGAUUAAAAAGUACGCUUUGAUCGGAGUGGCGACGGUCGGCGGUGGGGCACUGGUGGGCCUAACUGGCGGCCUAGCGGCGCCACUAAUCGGCGCCGGUGUGGGGACAUUACUCGGAGGUGCUGGAGCAGCUGCUGCGAUAUCCUCGACGACCGGGAUGGCGGUCGUUGGGUCCAUGUUCGGGGUCGCAGGCGCCGGACUCACAGGCUUCAAGAUGCAGAAACGUGUCGGAGAUGUGGAGGAAUUUGCGUUUGACUACCUCACUGAGGGCACGGAGUUGCACAUUACCAUCGCAGUUUCGGGCUGGCUGUCGGAGAAAUCGAACCUCACGUCAGUCAGCAUUCCUUGGAGAACCCUAUACAAUUCCAGGAUUUAUCGCAAAAUCCUUGUGAAGUAG